CCUUUGGAUCCUCUCCUCUAUUUUUAGCCCUUCACUUGGAUCUCUCUUGGAUAACUCAUUAAAUGACACUAUCCAAUAUACCCACAUGUGUAUCUGCGUAUGUAUAUACAAGUGUAUCUAUAUUUAGAAGCUUCCUAAUUUUGUCACAGAAAAUAUCUUCAUGUUUUGUUCCUUUCCGCUAUAACUCAUAAUUCACUUCCAAAUUUCUUGGAUUUGUGCCCCAAAUCAUCUGGAGAUCUAACAAGAAGAAGAAGAGCGAAGAUCAAAGGAGAAAGAAGAAGAAGAAAAUGUGUACUCAUCAUGAUGAAUCACAACACAACAAUCUCCCUUGUCUCCAUUGCCAACCACAUUCGUACAUUCGCAUGGUUCAACAUAUGAUAGAGAGAUGCAUUCUACUCCGUAUGACUCGUGACGAAUGCGUCAAGGCGUUAGACCAUCACGCAAGCAUUCUACCACUCGUUACGCUCACUGUUUGGAGAGGACUUCAAAGAGAAAAUAAGGACUUCUUUGAAACAUAUGGGCAUUUCGUCUCUCCUAGGCCCUUCUUAAGCGGAUAUGUCCGAAGAUCGCCGAGGCUUGCCAAAAGAAUGUAAUGAAGAUCACUUGGUCUAGGCUUGUAGCUAGAUAUAUAGGAGAAAAAGCUUGAACUUUAUAUAUACACCUAUAUAUUAUACGUAUUCCUAAGAUGAAAUACUCAUGCUCUUAUAUGUGGUCCUUUUGAACUUUAAGGUUCGACUAUAAGAUUAAGCGGGAAAACGGUAUUUUUCAACCUCAACUAUUUGCUAGCGGGUUUUUCCAACCCAAACUAUGAUCCCCAGUCGAUUUUAACCCAAACCCCAAAAUAAUUCAAAAUCGAACCCGAAACUAAUGUAAAUGAGUCGAUUUCAACACGACGCGAAACAGUGUUAGUUCGAAAAUUAAUGGUUCUCAAGGUUAUUUGAUUUUAUUUUCAGGGUUUGUUGAAUGCUGUAGAGAGAGAAUUACCCAAGGUUGAGCAACCGUUAAAUUCCGAACUAACACCGUUUCGCGUCGUGUUGAAAUCGGCUCAUUUGCAUUAGUUCAGGUUCUGAUUUUAAAUUAUUUAUGGGUUUGGGUUGAAAUCGACUAGAAGUCAUAGUUUGGGUUGAAAAAAUCCGCCAGAAAAUAGUUGAGGUUGAAAAAGGCCGUUUUCCCAAGAUUAAGCAUAUAAGCUUUUACGUGUGUAAACUAGUUUUAAGGUUGCUUAUUUAGAUGCAGUCUAUUUAUUGAUAACCCUGGAUUAUAAGAGGUUUGUACGAUUCAAUUGCUGUUAUAUAUAGCAAAUGUGUAAGAAUAUUUUUCGAACUAAACCA